AUGGCUCUGUUUUAUAAUCAGGAUGAUUUUCAGGUUUUGGUUUUAUUUGAGUCUAACAGGUUAAUCGACAUUGAAGCGGUUUUCAAAGAGCGGAUAAUUCAUUUAACUUUCGUUUAUGGAGAUCCUGUCCCCAAAAAUCGGGAUCUGGUGUGGGAACGUAUUUUAAGAAUAAGCUCUAAUCGGUCCACCCCUUGGUUUUUAGUUGGGGAUUUUAAUGAGCUGACAGGAAAUCAUGAAAAAAGAGGGGGGAAGUUACGUCAUCCUUCCUCGUUUCUCGCUUUUAAUGGGAUGAUUAGGGAUUGUGGUUUUUUGGAUUUUCCUUAUAUUGGUGAUUGCUUGUCUUGGAGGGGUUGGCGGGAUAAAAAACCUAUUCGUUGUCGGCUGGACAGGGCUCUAGGGAAUGACGAUUGGCAUGAUCUGUUCCCAGACACGGUGACGGAGUACUUACCAAUGAUAGCCUCUGAUCAUAAGCCUCUAGUGGUUAAUAUUGGGGCUAAAAGGCCGCGGGGGAACAGGAGUUUUAUGUUUGACCGCCGCUGGAUUGGUAAGGCGGGGCUGAUGGAUGCGAUCGCAUCAGGGUGGGACGGGGAUUUGGAUCAGGUUUCGAAUACUUUCAUCCAUAAAAUAGUGAAUUGCCGAAAGGCGAUUUCUCAGUGGCGUAAAUCACAAGUCCCAUACGGUAGGGAAACCAUUGAAAAUUUAAAGUGGCAGUUGGAGGUGGCUCUAGCAGAUGAUUCAAUUCCUCCUGCUACAAUUUCGGAUCUACAGAGUCGGUUACGUCAGGCGUAUGGGGAUGAAGAGAUUUACUGGUAUCAAAAAAGUCGGAGUAAAUGGAUGUGA